AUGACGGACGCGCCAAGGCGCAGGGAAGGAUGGAACAUUACCCGUUAUAAGUGUGCAAAAAAAGAAAUGGAAAAUGGGGGCGAGGGGGAGGUGUCGGCGAUGAAAAAGGCUCGAUGCGUACACACCUCUAAGGGAGCACAUCCUUCAAGCAUCAUAUGCCAGAUAAGAACCUCCAACGGGGAAAAAAUACAACUUUCCGAAAAAGGGGGGGAGACUAGUUGCUUUCCCCCGUUCCGGUGGAUCUCUUCAGAUGUACAUACUUGUGUAAAUUUUUUUUUUUUUCCGCCACCCCUCGGUUAA